UCAGUCACCUGAUGCAGUAGUUACUAUCCAUGGGGGACAGUCCCCUCCACAUCUGUAGUCCUUCCCAAUCCUGCUAACGUCCCAGAAAAUACUGGUGAAGAACUAAGCCCAGAGCAGCAACGUGGGACACAGAGAACAACAGUCUUUCACAGCAACGCCGCUGCUGAUUAAAAUCAUCAGCUUCAUCAGACUACACCAAGACACAGGAUUUCUCCUCCUAAGAAAGACAGGGGCAAGAAAUGAUGAAGACCGUGUCCAGUGGAAACUGCACCCUGAAUGUGCCAGCCAAGAACUCAUACCGCAUGGUAGUCCUGGGAGCCUCCCGAGUAGGCAAGAGCUCCAUCGUCUCACGCUUUCUAAACGGCCGCUUUGACGACCAGUACACUCCCACCAUAGAGGAUUUUCACCGCAAGGUCUACAACAUUCGGGGAGACAUGUAUCAGCUGGACAUCCUGGACACAUCUGGGAAUCACCCUUUUCCUGCUAUGAGGAGGCUUUCUAUCCUGACAGGGGAUGUUUUCAUUCUUGUGUUCAGCUUAGACAACAGAGAAUCCUUUGACGAGGUCAAGAGACUCCAGAAACAGAUCCUUGAGGUCAAAUCCUGCCUGAAGAACAAGACUAAGGAAUCAGCUGACCUUCCCAUGGUGAUCUGUGGCAACAAGAAUGACCACAGUGAAAUGUUCCGCAAGGUGCGUUCAGAUGAAGGUGAGAAUCUUGUCUCCAGCGAUGAAAAUUGUGCUUACUUCGAAGUUUCAGCAAAGAAGAACACCAACGUGGAUGAGAUGUUCUACGUUCUCUUCAGCAUGGCCAAGCUACCUCAUGAGAUGAGCCCUGCCCUACACAGAAAAAUCUCUAUCCAGUAUGGUGAAACCUUCCAACAGAAAUCCUUCCGAAUGCGUCGAGUCAAGGAGAUGGACGCCUAUGGCAUGAUCUCUCCUUUUGCUCGACGGCCAAGUGUUAACAGUGAUCUGAAGUAUAUCAAAUCAAAAGUUCUCAGGGAAGGUCAAUCAAGGGAGAGGGAGAAAUGCACCAUCCAGUGAAGGCGACUAGCCAUUCUCUCUGAAGUUGUCAUCCACAUGUAGUGCCUUAAAGAAAAGUGGUCUGCAGAAGCCCAGAAUGGGCUCAGUGGGUUCAUCCAAUCAUGAAAGCUCAGCACGGCAAAGGAUAGCUCUUCCUGAGGGUUCUACUGAAUCAUGAACAUAAUAUUAUUCUUGUAAAUGACUGGGAAAAAUCACAUGCCUAGUAUGUGACUGAAUUUCUUUGUCUUUGUAAUGUAAUUCCUCUUAAUUGCUCUU